UCACUUAAAAGUAGUUCCACAGAGUGAUGAACUAGGGAAGAUCACCUUGAGCUGGUCUCAGUCUGCCAGCAGUCACAUCGACACUAGCGUUCUUAACACGAGACGAGAACUACUCCAGUGAUCGCCAUGCCUCAGCCAAAAUCUCAAGACAUGGGCUCUGCUUUCAUCCAGACACAGCAGCUCAAUGCUUCCAUGGCCGACACUUUCCUGGACCACAUGUGCCUGCUGGACAUCGACUCAGAGCCAAUCACUGCACGCAACACUGGCAUCAUCUGCACCAUCGGGCCAGCCUCUCGUUCUGUGGAGAUGCUGAAGGAGAUGAUUAAAUCUGGAAUGAAUAUUGCUCGUUUGAACUUCUCCCAUGGCUCACACGAGUACCACAGGGAGACCAUCAAGAAUAUUCGUGAGGCAUGUGAGAGCUUCGAGCCUGGCAGCAUCCAAUACAGGCCUAUCGGUAUUGCCCUGGACACCAAGGGCCCUGAGAUCAGGACGGGUCUCAUUCAGGGAAGUGGCACUGCUGAGGUGGAGCUGAAGAAGGGCGGGGUGAUUAAGCUUACCUUGGACGAUGCGUACCAGGAAAACUGCAGUGAUGAGGUCCUCUGGCUGGACUACAAGAACAUUACCAAAGUGGUGGAAAUCGGCAGCAAGAUCUACAUUGAUGAUGGACUCGUAUCCCUGCAGGUCACAGAGAUCGGCUCUGAUUACCUGAUGUGCGAGGUUGAGAAUGGUGGCACUCUGGGCAGCAAGAAAGGAGUGAACCUCCCUGGUGCUGCUGUAGACCUGCCCGCUGUUUCAGAUAAAGACAUCAAGGACCUGCAGUUUGGUGUUGAGCAGGGAGUCGACAUGGUCUUUGCCUCCUUCAUUCGAAAAGCAGCAGAUGUGCAUGCUGUCAGAGCAGUACUGGGAGAGAAGGGCAAAAACAUUAAGAUCAUCAGCAAGCUGGAAAACCAUGAGGGUGUACGCAGAUUUGAUGAGAUUAUGGAGGCUAGUGAUGGCAUCAUGGUUGCCCGGGGUGACCUGGGUAUUGAGAUCCCCACCGAAAAGGUCUUCUUGGCCCAGAAGAUGAUGAUUGGUCGCUGCAACAGAGCUGGCAAGCCAAUCACAUGUGCCACCCAGAUGUUGGAGAGCAUGAUUAAGAAGCCUAGACCCACCCGUGCUGAGGGCAGUGAUGUAGCUAAUGCUGUCCUGGAUGGAGCUGACUGUAUCAUGCUGAGUGGAGAGACUGCCAAGGGUGAUUACCCUCUGGAAGCAGUCCGCACACAGCACAUGAUAGCACGAGAGGCCGAAGCCGCCACCUUCCACAGGCAGCUGUUUGAGGAACUGAGGAGACACUCCCACAUCACCAGAGACCCUUCAGAGGCUGUAGCCUGUGGAGCUGUGGAAUCAUCCUUCAAAUGCUGCGCUAGUGCCAUCAUUGUUCUCACUAAGACUGGGAGGUCUGCCCACUUGAUCUCUAGGUACAGGCCCCGUGCGCCUAUCCUCGCUGUGACCCGCAAUGCCCAGACAGCUCGCCAGGCCCACCUGUACCGUGGAAUCUUCCCUGUCCUUUACACCAAGCCCUCCAACAGUGUGUGGGCAGAAGACGUUGACAUGCGUGUCAACUUUGCAAUGGAAAUGGGUAAGGUCAGAGGUUUCUUCAAAGAGGGUGACGUUGUCAUCGUCCUGACUGGCUGGCGUCCCGGCUCUGGUUACACCAACACCAUGCGUGUCAUUCUUGUGCCCUGAACAGCCAAUAUGGCUGCCAUGCUUUCUCCCAUCACUUUCAUUGCUUCUUCUUAGCUCUCCUAACCUCACUCCUGCUCACAGCUGUUUUCAUGCAACACCUGGGCUCCCACUCCAGUAUUUAGCAUUUAGGUGAGGAUGCAAAAAAAAUGUAAGACAGAGCUGAUUUGGGUGGGAGUGGCAUUUUUUUCCAUACAAUUCCAUUUAAUGUUUCCAUUCCUUUUCUAUUGAUCUUUCUUUUUUCCCCCCCUUUCUUUCAAUCAUACCAGUCUUCAGGGCCUCAGAUCAAUACACCCUGACUACAAACAGCUGUUUAUUCUCAUUUGUUUCAUUAAAAGUGUGAGUCUAUGGGUGGAUGCAUCCAUGUCUGUGUGCAUGCAUAAUUCUGCCUAUUUGGGCGUGGUUGGUGGUGGUGGCCCCAGCUUACCGUAACUGUACACCUUUAGCACUGAAACAAUUUACUAAUUACACUCCUCUGCCAGUAUGAUGAACAAAGUGUUGGCAUCCUAAAACAAAGGGCUCCCUUUGCAGCCCAGACUGAACUUCAUCCCCCCCCACCCAAACACUGUAGUGUUAUGAAGUGUCCUCUCUUAUAUGCCAGCUUUCACUGUGUUUCAGUGUAUCUGUUAGUGUUUCACUCCUAAUCUACUCCAGACAUUGUUACAUUCUAUAUUAUACUUGACUUUUGUGAAUGGUGAACAUUUGCUUGGGGACGUCCGAUUCUACUUGUAUAUUUUCUUUAACUGCAUAAAACAAGCUAGUUUUGGAUGUCGGAUCCUGAGGUGUAUGAGCAAGUUACUGUUUGUGUUGUUAGUUGUGUCAUGAAGCCAUCAUAUAUAAGUUGGAACUUGUGAACCAGGUGUGGUUUACUGAAGUUGACUAUGACUGAGCACUUUUAGUGUUUUUUCAGGUGAAUGAUGAGAUAAACAUCGGUCCUUAUUAAAGUGACUGAUGGGUAGAAGCAUCCUCCUUGUCUUCUAUGUUGGUGACCCACUGUAGCUGCCCUCAUGAGUCUAACAUGCUUCUGAUUGUAACGCUAGAGUGUAAGAAUUAACUUUAUGUAAAGGGGUAUUAUGUUUAACUGGUGUACUGAGCUGUCUCAAGACUGAACUUCCAUCAAUAAAAGAUGAGCACCUAUCUGAA